AUGGAGGAAAAGCGCGACCGGAGAAACUUGGCAGACGGCGCUGCCGUAACAAAAAGCUUAUCGUACCUGUGGCACACGACGGACCACCUCAGCGGAGGCAGGAACAAGCCCAGGCCAGGCCUGACUGGGCGGCCUUCCGCCCGCCGCCAGCAUAAAACUGGCACUGGCACAUGCGGCAACCGCCACCAACAGCAGCCCAUGCCGCCCUGUCAGUGCUCACUGGCCGGUCAGCCCGUAGUCAGCGAAAAACAGCUCGCCCAAAGCAAAGCAAAUAGCCAGAAUCCCCCGCCGCCCGUAUCAGCGGCAGCUUGCCCCACGCCUGCGACGCAGUGCCAGUGCAGCUAG